GGCUCGGCGGCGCACCACGGUCCAACCCGCUCACGGACGACACCCGCGUCUCCGCGAAACCGCCGUCCGGUGUUGUGCUCGUCGCGCGCUCGCCGACGACGGUCCGUGCCCACGCGUUUCCGUGCGCCACCGUGUAAUCGCCACUGUUUUUUUUUUUCUAUUAUUAUUAUUAUUGAAAUCGUUUUACUCUUGUUCCGCGUCCGCGCUACGUACGUCCGUCCGUCCAGCACGCGAGCAGUCACGCAGUCGUUUCCCGAACGUAGUUCGAUGAUAUCAGUGUGAAACCAUGAAGUGACAAGAUUAAAUCAUGAUAGUCUCGCUUCAUAUUGCCAUUUACAUAAGUUUUUUCGUGUUCAACAAAUUUUCCACCGGUAAAGAUGCUGUUAAAACGGACUUCCUGACGACCACGGUCGGGCCGCUACUUGCUAUCGACGAGCGCGAAAAACGGAUAUCGAAUACGACGCGUGACCGCUGCCCCGGGUGCGACGAGCCCCACGACGCUGGCGACGGCGGCAAGAGUGGCGGCGCAGGCAUCGGCUCGGUAGCCGAACAUUCCACCGGCGUGUUGAGCAGGGCCGCGAACGGGACCGGCGGCGGCAAGGGAACGGACACCGAGAGGUCGAGACCGCGGUCCCGCGACGCCGGCAACAAUGGCACCGCGGCGAAAACGACCCGUCGCCCCGGACCCGCGAGAACGCCGGAAUCGCCGCGGAACGUCACAUCGGAACGCCGCGACUCCGCAGUCCGGCCGAAGCCGGGCAAGAGGCUAGGGGCCGGCGGUGCCCGGAAACCAGCGCCGCCACCUACGCCUCGAACGCCGCAACCCUCUCCACCGCCCAGCACGCCACAACCCUCGCCCUUACCCCCGACGCCACCAAUGCCGCCACCACCACCGCCACCGACCCCCGUGGACGUAAUGAAUCGCACGGCCUGCGGCGUAGCGAUGACGGACUUCGAGACCAGGUACCCCGUGGGUCUGUGGAAGGAGCACGGGCUGUACACGGACGACUACGCUAGACUGAUCAACGCGCACUGGUUCAAGUUCGCGCCGCCGGACCCGGCGUCGCACUACGCGCUCGCGUUCCUGUACACCGUCAUUAUGGUGUUCGGCUGCUUCGGCAACUCGCUGGUGAUCUUCAUGUACAUCAAAUGCAAGUCGUUGCAAACGCCGGCCAACGUGUUGAUAAUGAAUCUGGCCGUCAGCGAUUUCAUCAUGAUAGCGAAAACGCCGAUCUUCAUCUACAACAGUUAUUACCAAGGCCCCGCGCUGGGGAAAUUGGGAUGUCAGAUCUUCGGGUUUUUCGGUGGUUUGACCGGCACAGUGUCCAUCAUGACGCUCGCGGCCAUAUCGCUGGAUCGUUACUACGUGAUCGUGCACCCGCUAAACGCGGCCGUCAAGACCACCAAGCAGAGGGCCCGGGUAUGGAUCGGCCUGAUAUGGAUCUACGGGUUCGCGUUCUCUGUGGUCCCGGUACUGGACCUGGGGUACAACCGGUACGUGCCGGAGGGCUACCUGACCAGCUGCAGUUUUGACUAUCUGACGGACGUGGGCCCGGAGAAAUCGUUCAUAUUGGUGUUCUUCGCGGCCGCGUGGUGCGUCCCAUUCGCCACGAUAUCGUAUUGCUACGUGAAGAUACUGCGCGCGGUGUGCAUGACCAGCGAGAUGGCGGCCAGCCGGUUCGGGCAGGAAGAGGAGAAGCGAAAGACGGAGAUCCGGCUCGGAUACGUGGUGAUCGGCGUCAUCGUGCUGUGGUUCGUCUCUUGGACACCGUACGCCGUAGUCGCGCUGUUGGGCGUGUUUGACCGGAAGGAAUUCAUCACGCCGCUGAACUCGAUGAUCCCCGCGCUGUUCUGCAAAGCGGCCAGCUGCAUGGACCCGUGGAUAUACGCGAUCACCCAUCCGAGAUUCAAGAACGAGCUUACCAAACUACUGGCAAAGAAGGGCCGUGGUCUGGAACGGGACUACGGUAUGAAGAAGGGAUGGAGCCAUUCCAACAAGAGCGGCAACGGCUUCAGGAACCAGUCGAGCACCGAAGACGAGGACGUGGAGGAGAUGAUCGUGCAGAUGGUCAACGCCGACGACAGGAUUCGCCGGCAUGGGUCGACGUCCAGUCACAAGACCGAUGAGACCCGGGCCCUGGAGACAAAGUUCCCGCCCACCAGGCAGGAGAGUCUCAAGUACAUGCCGCCCAGCUGGUAUAAAUUGCCCAGAACCUCGUCCAAGAGCAGCAUCAAAUCGGACGCGACAAAACUCGUUGCGAGCGACAAUGCUACCACCUCCACCACCACCACCAAUAAGUGAUAGUGUUAUAAUAAUUAUUGUAUUUAUUUAGUAACAUUAUAAUAUAGUUAUUAUCGAUAUUGACCGAUUGAGUCCACGGUUAGCGAUUCGUGAUUUCUACUGGUAAACGCUGUGAUUAAAAAAUGCUAGUCUAUGUUGGUAAUUUGAUCUCGCACUUUGUGUUAAGGAUGAUUUACGAAUAUGUGCAUAAUAUUACCGUUAUGUUGUCGUUGUGAUCGUACAUUUUUUUAAUUUUUUUUUUUUUCUUAGGUGCUUAUUCGUUUUUGGGUAGAAUAAUAAACAUAAUAUAAUACUACAUUCGUGACCGCUCACGCGUAUUGACGAGCACUCCUCCGUAUAAAUAUUAUGUCUAGUAUGAAAUAAAUUAAAUGGAUGUUAUUCAUAUUAUAUUCUUUACCCUGUAUAUCAGAAUUAUAUAUUCCUAUUUUUUUA